AUACAUUUGUGAACAUUCAUAAUAUAACAAUAAUGUUAUUUUCUCAUAAUUAUGUUUAAAAUAAGUGCAUUCGACGUGAUAACAAAUAUAGUUGUGUAAUAAAAAUCAAUAUGACAAAAUUGAUAUGAUUAAAAAACAGAAGCAUAAACCUUAAACAUGUCUGUCUUUCAAAACCAAUUGGAUUUUAUUUGUGAUUACUGCAGCCGACCGUUUACAAGAAAAAACAAUUUACGUACACAUAUAGAGAAUUAUCACAUGAACAGCUCGUGUUACUGCGAGAUAUGUCGCCAACGAUUCAAAAGUGCAUCCGCACUACAUCUACAUUUUAAAAAAGGACAUAACAGAAAGGGCGAAACAUAUCCUGAAUGCGAUUUAUGCGGCCGGAUAUUUAGAAGAAAACAGAAUAUAGUAUCUCAUAUGUACACUGUACAUUACCAAGGCACAGGUCCGGAUAUACAUUGUAAGUUUUGCUUAAAGCAAUUUAAUACAGAACGUAAUUUAAGGCGUCAUAUAGCACAGUUGCACAAUCCUUCAGUCAAAUAUUCAACUUGUAAUGAAUGUAACAGAUCAUUUAAAGCUAGAAACUCGCUAAUUGAACAUAUUAGAAUAAACCACAGCCAGGAGAAAGAUGUUAUAAAGUGUCAUAUGUGUAACAAAGCAUACACAAAUAAUAGAAAUUUAAAAAGACAUAUUGAAAUGUUUCACGGAGAAAAGGGUGAGUAUAGAUGCAGUAUUUGUCCAAAAGUGUACACUUCCAAUCAGAGUUUGAGGAGGCAUUUGCGUACUGCUCACUGCGUUGAUGAUCAGGACACUGUACAGUGUACGUACUGUGAGAAAUGGAUACCGGGUAAAGAUAAUUUAGACAGCCAUCUGUCCUUCUUUCACAAACAAGAAACAUGUCCGUCUGAGUGUGAUGAAAGUAAGAAAACAGAUGAAUUCAUAUGCGAUACAUGUAGUAUUUGUUAUGACCAAGAAUCCUUGCUACGACGACAUGUGAAGACAAAGCACUCAUUUGAUAUCUUCUACAAAUACUGUAAGAUGUCGUUAUUAAAGCAGGCAGCACAGAAGGAUGAUGAUGGUAUAAAGACUGCAUUUUAUAAUUGUGAAUACUGCACCAAUACUUUCACAAGUGUAUAUGAAUUGAAGGAUCAUAUGAAAGUUGGUCACGAAAAGGAAUAUUGUCUAUGCACAUGUAAUGUGUGCUUUAAUAAAUUCUUCAGUAAGGAUACAAUGUCGGAGCAUAAAAAGACAUGUCUCCCACCACCAAAUGUAAACAGCUGCAGUCAUUGUGAUAAAUUGUUUACUGAUAUCAGUAGUUUGCAGUUCCACACUAGAAUAUUUCAUCCACAAGCUCAUAUAACUGACUCUAACAUCACCUCGACAAAUGAUGAAGAAGAAAACUCAUACAGGUGUGAGCAUUGCAACAGAAUAUACUAUAGCGAUAGAUCAUUAAAACAUCACGUAAAAUUGAAACACACUACCGACGAAGCCAUGCAGUGCAUGUACUGCGGAAAGGUUUGCAGUAACAAGUAUUACUUGGCAUCCCACAUAAAAAUAGUGCACACAGAUAAUUCAUGGUCCAAAUGUGAUUACUGUGAAAAACAGUUUAAAUCCAAAAGAAAUAUUCGAAGACAUAUUGAAUAUACACAUUUAGGGAUGCAACGGUACAAGUGUAUUGAAUGUGAAACCCUUUUCAAAGAGAAGAGGAGUUUGAGAAAGCAUGUACGUACCAAACAUCCUAAUUCUGCUGCGUUCCCUCAAUGCCACAUAUGUCAUAAAAGAUUUGAGUCGGCAAAAUCAUGCAAGAUUCACUUGAAGUUAGUACAUUCAUUCAACAUGAACACGUACCCUUGCGAUCUCUGUUCAGUAUCCUUCGGCUCAAAUGAAGCUCUAACAAUACAUUUACAAACUAAACAUUUAGCAGAAGAUGAGAUUUACAAAUGUGAACAUUGCAACUUAGUUUUUAAAGGACAGGAGAAGUUUGAGCAACACAAUGAGCACUGCCACGUGAACUUGGUGCCAAAUUUAAAAGAGAAAGUCCCGCCUCGCUGCAUAAUCUGCAUGAAAGACUUCAGCACGAGAAAAACUUUGAAACGCCAUAUAAAGAAGUUUCACAGUGAAUUCGAUAUUGAUGACUUAGCAACAUUCGGCUCCAGACAUCGGAUAUUCAAUGUAGAGUGUGAAGAAUGUAUUAAAAACUUUCAGGAUGACUUCUAUUAUAAUUUAUAUCAGAAAUUAAAGCAUUUACGGGAUUCUAUAAUAUUUAAAUGUGAAUCUUGCACUUCGUCGUAUAAUUGUUUGGAAUAUUCAAUCCAGAGAUACAAAUUGAAUUACUACGAUUCGUCGAAAUCUAAAAUGAUGCUGAGCGAGUUGUGCACAGCGGAAAUGAGCGAUGAAGACGAGUCUAACAGUGGCGUUGGUUAUUCACACGAUUUAUCAGAAGGUAUAAAGAUUAAUAUAAAAGUGGAACCAAGUGAUUUUCUGUCAGAAGGAGAUAUUAAGACUGAACCGAUGUCACCAUAAAGACAUAGCUGAAAUCGUGACUACGUACCUGUGAAACCUAUUCGUUUGUUAACAGAACAAACACUAACUCUCAGUGAAGCUUCGAAAACCGCGUCUAAAUCGGUAAUUUCUAGAGCUUGAGCUCUUACAUUGAUAAUGCAAUAGUUUUUCUUGUAUAUCUUUAAUGUACAGUUAUAUCUCUAAUAUUAGGUUGUUCGGAAAGUAAUUUCGUUUU